UGCGCUAACAAGACAAGUAGUACGUUCCGUUUUAUAGUUACAAACCAAAAUGGCUGUCGUGAGUAGGCUUUUGCUUGCUACUAAUCGAAAAUUAUUUCAUACAAACGAGUUAUUGGGGAAAUUACUAUGGAAAAAUAACAAUUAUGCGUUGCAAAACCAAGGAACGGUAAGGCGCAUGUCGGAACAUCGUGUUAUGGAAGUAACUGCAAGUCGAUGGCAAUGGCAUAAAACUAAAGAUUGGCUGCAUUUUUACACUUUUAUGGGCGUGAUACCUGCUGGUUUGCUCAUCUUUUAUUGCAACGUAUUUAUAGGGCCAGCGACCUUAGAACCAAUACCAGAAGGAUAUAUUCCAAAGCAAUGGGAAUACUACAGACAUCCGAUUACAAGAUUUCUUGCGAGAUACAUGUUCGCAAACCAACAAAUGGAAUAUGAAAAAUUACUUCAUAACGUGAAGGUAAUUGAUAACAAGAGAAGAUUGUACUUGUUACGACAACAAAUAAUGAAGGAAGCAUGGGAGCACGAGGACUAUAGAUAUUGGAGCUUUAGAAGAAGUUCUGCGGAAGAAGUAAUAGAUCUAAAGCAAUCUAUAGAUAAGAGAGAACUCGAUGUAUAAUACAUCGUAAGUAACGUAGAGUUAUUAUAAACUAGAAAGAAAAUCGAUUUAGUCAAGUGGUUUAAGCAUUAAGCAUGAUGUACAGCGUAUAGGAUUCUGUAAUUUAACAGCGAUAAUAUAAAUAGUGUAUGAUAUACAGAA